CAUUGCUGCAAAUUUCAAAAUUUUCUUUCUUUUUAUUUUUUAUUUUUUAAUUUUCUUUUUCGCGCUGGCGUUGCUCAGUUUCGUUCAACUCAGUGAUCUUUUUAUGAUUUGAAGUUCGAAGCUUUCGAAUUUCGCUCAAGAAUUGGGGUUUCUGAUUAGAUGCAAGUUGUGUAGUAAUGCUCGCGCUUCGUGUUGUUACGAUGCAACAGGCAUGGUGGUUCGAGCCCCAAGUUUGGUGCUUAGGGUUUUGAUUUGCCACGCAAUUCGCUGAAUUCAGAGAUGCAACCACAGAAGAGCUCUAGACUCGAUUUGGCCGAAUUGAAAGCACAUAUUGUAAAGAAGGUUGGAGCUGAUAAGUCGAAGUGGUAUUUCUAUUACUUGAGCAGGUUUUUGAGUCAGAAGCUGGGGAAGAAUGAAUUUGACAAGUUGUGCUUUCGGGUACUUGGAAGGGAGAAUAUUCCAUUGCAUAAUCGUCUUAUAAGGUCGAUUUUGAGGAAUGCUUGCCAAGCAAAAUCUCCACCACCAGUACAUCCAUCCGGUACUCCAAAAUCGGUAGCACAUGCUACUAACAUAUCUCCUAGUAGACAAGAUGGACAUGAACUGAGUGUUACCAACAUCCAAAGUCAAAAUCAAAAUGCACCCAUUUGGUCAAAUGGGGUUCUGCCAGUCUCCCCACGCAAAGUUCGGUCCGGAAUGCGUGAUAGGAAGCUUAAAGAUAGACCAAGCCCUCUUGGACCAAAUGGGAAAGUUGACUCUGUUGUUCAUCAACCCACAGCUACUGAAGACAGUGGUAGUAAGGUUGAAAUGGAGAAUGGAACACUUAGUCAAUGUGAUUAUCAAAGGAACAUACAGCAUCUUCAAGCAGUUGCUGAGCUACCUGAGACUGAAAUAGGGGACGCUAUUCAUAGACCUGCUGAAAAAUCAAGAAUAAAUGACAAGGGGCCAACCAAAAUAUCGAUUGUUGAAGAUGGGGAAGAGGUGGAGCAGUUAAACCACCUCAGUUUCUCUAGAGGUUCUCUGACAGCACCGCUUGGGAUUCCUUAUUGUUCUGCAAGCGUGGGUGGGUCCCACAAAGCAGUGCCCAUUAAUAGCAGUGGUGGUUUUGUUAGUUGUUGUGACAGUGGUAGCUUGCAUGAUACAGAUACCUUGAGACGGCGCAUGGAUGAGAUUGCCACGGUUCAAGGUCUUGGUGGUGUUUCUAUAGAAUGUGCGAACACGUUGAAUAACAUGGUAGAUGUGUACUUGAAACGGUUGAUCAGGUCUUGUGUCGAUUUAGCUGGAGCUCGUUCUACAAAUCAGUCAAGGAAGCCCCCUGUCCCAAAACAGAUUCAGGGGAAGGUCAUCAACGGCAUGUGGCCAAAUAAUCAUUCACAUUUGCAGAGCAUUGUUGGGCCGGUAGAACCUGAGCCCGAAAACAGACCACCUUGCUCUGUAUCUUUGCCUGAUUUUAACAUUGCCAUGCAGCUAAAUCCACGGCAACUUGGAGAAGAUUGGCCUCUGUUGCUAGAGAAAAUUUCUAUGCAGUCCCUUGAAAGAUAACUUGUAUUAAAGUUUUUCUUCUAAAGCAAAGGUAGGGUCUGUUCAUUAAGGUUCUGUGUGGCCCAGCCAAGUUUGGCGUGCAUUGGUGAACUUAGUUUUGCUCUCAUUGCGAGGAGGAGCCGAACCAGAUGAGACCCAUGAUACCAUGGGUGACUUCUAGCCCUUGCAGAAUCAAAUGCUGGUUCUGAGUUCUAUUUAAAGGGCUAAUAUGGAUCACAGUUCACAGAUUUAUUUAACUGCAACCAGGGGUGCUAUCAAAUCGAGCCCAUGAUUGGUUGCACUGUUGUAUGUUUAGCAUUGAUGUUGGCUGUAUUUGCCAUAUUUAAAGAUCAUAAGGUUUUUCUUUCUGCUUUGCAGCCAAUGAGAAAGAAAACUCAAGAAAGUUUUGCAGGUAUACUGUUGUUUUAGCUGGGAACAAGGGACUAUGACAUGUACAAUAGCUGAAGGUUUCUCUUUAUGUAUUCUUAGAAUAUGAAGAUUGAUUGAAAUUCAAUAUCAAUAACAACAUUAACAUCUAUUGAAGUUUUCUAGAGUGAGGAAGGGGGGUUCUUGAUCCGCAGUUUUCUGCUUCUUAUACAUUGGUAGAUUACAUAUGUCUCGGUGAAAAUUAGUUUUUGUGACAAUAAUUGAAGUUCUUAUCAUAUGUUGAAGAGGCUUACAUUUUUGACAUAUAUGUUUUUAUCAAUUUUACCUUUAUUUA